UUGGGCGCAUGCUCGGAAAAACGUCACUUCGUUUGGCUUCCUGUUCACAUUGUUUUCAUUCGGAAAGAUGGCAAAAGAAAAAGCUGCCUUGACUUGUGCAGUGGUUUUAUUUAAUAUAGCAGCGUCGUUAGCCUAUGUGGAAGACCUCGAUGACAAGUUUAAAGAUGGUAGGAUGAAUGACGCGUGGCUGGUGAAAUUCUACGCCCCGUGGUGUGGGUAUUGUAAGAAGCUGGAGCCAGUGUGGCAUGAUAUUGGGGCGGAGCUCAAGAGCUCGGGGUCCGUUAUCAAUGUGGGCAGGAUGGAUGCCACAGCAUACUCCAGUGUCGCGUCUGAGUUUGGAGUCCGUGGCUAUCCCACUAUAAAGCUGAUAAAGGGAGACCUGGCCUACAACUACAGAGGGCCCAGGACCAAGGAUGACAUCAUCGAGUUCGCCAACAGGGUGGCGGGGCCCGUGGUGCGCCCUCUCCCCAGUCAGCAGAUGUUUGAGCACGUUGUGACUCAUCACAGCGUGGUCUUCGUCUACAUCGGUGGGGAGUCGCCGCUGAAGGAGAAGUACAUCGAGGUGGCCUCCGAGCUGAUUGUGUACACCUAUUUCUUCCUGGCCUCGGAGGACGCUUUGCCCAAGACCGUGACUCUGCACGAGAUCCCCACCGUGGCGGUGUUCAAAGAUGGAAGCUACUUUCUGUACGACGAGUACCGGGAUGGCGAUCUGUCAACUUGGGUGAACAGGGAGCGCUUCCUUGGCUAUCUGAACAUCGAUGGGUUCAUCCUGUAUGAGCUCGGAGAAACAGGGAAGCUCGUGGCCAUAUCAGUUGUCGAUGAGAAGAAUCCAACAGAAGAAGGCUCCAGGUACAAGACGCUAAUUCAUAGGUUAGCGACCGAAUACAGAGAUCAUUACAGCAGGGACUUCCAGUUCGGACACAUGGACGGGAACGCCUACAUCAACAGCCUGAUUAUGGGUGAGGUGGCCGUGCCCUCCAUCAUCGUGCUGAACACGUCCAACGACCAGUACUUCCUGCCUGAGGAGCCGGUGGAGACCAUGGAACAGCUCCUCCUCUUCAUCAGCGACGUGCUGGACGGCAGCGCCAAGGCGCAAGGCGGGGACAGCAUUCUCCAGCGCGCCAAGAGGAUUGCGUAUGACGCCAGGUCCACCGUGAUGUCGGUGUUCCGCAGCUCCCCCCUGCUGGGCUGCUUCCUGUUCGGCCUGCCGCUGGGCAUCAUCAGCCUGAUGUGCUACGGCAUGUGCACCGCCGAGCCGGACGACGGGGAGGAGGAGGAGGAGGGGGAGGAGGAGGAGGGGGGAGAGGAUGAGGAGGAGGAGGAGGGAGAGGGAGAGGGAGAGGGAGUGGAGGAGGAGGGGGGAGAGGGAGAGGGAGAGGGAGAGGGAGAGGGAGAGGAGGAGGAGGGGGGAGAGGGAGAUGUACAGGACGAAGAAGAGGAGGAGGAGGAGGAAGAGGAGGAUCAGCAGGAGGUGAAGAGUUCGGUGGACAAGAAGGUGGAUUAGCGGUUGAAGAAAUAUCUAUCUCCCUUUUUUUUUUCUUAAUUUUCCCCCUCCUUCCUAAGACCCUCCCAGCCUAAGAUCGUGUUGUUUUUCAUUUUUCUGAACACUUUUUGAGGCGGUGGUGAUGACUGUGUUCAGCCUCGGAGAUGAAAUGAACAAGAGAGAGGCGACUGUUACUGACAACGGGGGUGGGGGGGGUGGGGGGUGUGUAUAAACGGUGAGGCGUGGGGGAUACGGUAACGCUAACAGGAGCGGGAGGCCUGUGUGUGUUUGGGGAAGGUGUGGGGGGGGGGGGGGGGAGGUGGUGUGUGUCUUUGGAACUUUGGAGACUUUGAUUAUCGUUUUUAACUGGAGGCAAUGCAGGCUCGGGUUGUACCAUCGUCGCGCGGGCGACGGGGGUGUCCAGGAUUAAGUCCACCUCAUGAGGUCAUUGUGUCUGUGUUAUACCCCCCCCCUUUCCUCCAGGGCUUUAACUCGCAUGUUUGGCAGAUUGUUUCUGUGAAACACGCCGGGCCCUCGUGGUUCAGAAAGACUUGAGAUCACCGAAUCCUGGCUCUCGCACGACCGACGAACCCCACCGCGGGGUCAGCUUGCCCAUCGCUCCGCUUCUUCUUACUUCCAGUUCUUACUCCACUGUAUUGUGAGUCAGAUUCUCCCCUAGUGGGAUUUGCUUUGAGGGGAAGGCAGAAACAGUGUUCUUUGUGGGUGUGUUCUUUUCUUUUUUUGGUCUUUUUUGUGUUGUUGCUGUUUGAAGGUGAGUGUUUGGACAGCGCUGAAUUUUAACAGAACAUCACUUUUUUUGUGUAUUUGCUGGUUAAACUGACGUUUUGAGCACUCCCUAUAAACGCCUCAGUUACUGUACGAGAGAGGGCUAAGGGAGAUGUCAUUCAUGGCUUUUUUUUAUGAGAAUAAUGGACUCUUUAAAAGAAAGACCUUCUUGUCUUUUCCCAUAGUGAACAGAGUCACAAUACAAAUAAACAAAUAUUAAAAUAAAUACUGUAUACCUGUCACAUAAUGCGCUGAAUGUCUGUGAAACAUGGGUAUAUGUGACUAUGGUUUUAGACCACUGUUUAGUGGACUAUUGAGCGAGGAUCCCCAGCCGUUAUCAUGGCAUGAGUGACAUUUUGGGUAGGCAUUUAGGGUAGGCAUGAGAACUCACUGUCAAUCAAAAGCAUGGGGCAAUAAUGCAUUGUGGGAAUUGUGGUUUUUGUUCAUUUUAUUUUUAUUUCUCCCCCUGCGGUUCAGUUGUAAGCUUUGAGAAAAGUACCCCUCACUGAGGGGACGUGGCAUGCCAAGACCCACGCCUCCAAACGGUGUGUUUGCUCUCCCUUUGAGUCCUCUUCUGAGAGACAGAUCAUAGCAUAUAGAGUUGUAUGUAUGCAUUUAGAAUGACCUGAUAAUGUGAAGUGAGGGUUGUUGCAAACGCAAUCCCAUCAUGCAAAUCUGCUACCAAGAGGUUGGCUUCAUUGCCUCACUAAUCAGUAUGGAGCCCCAAGACCAGACUUGUUGGCUUUGCACGGUGAUAAACCUUAUUUAAAAAAAUAAAUAAAAAAAAUUUGAAAUUUCUUGCAGACGGUUUAACCAAUGUGUAAAUAAGUCAUGGAGAUGUGACCAAAAAUAAAUGAAUUUUAAAGAGAA